UAUGGCGGCGUAACAUAGCAACACUGUAUGCUAUCUUUCAUGGUGGUCAGUGAGAAAUAGCGCAAACAACAUGAGUUCUUCUGCAGAAGAGGAAGACAGUGGGCCAUCUGUUGAUUCAAAUAACCCAGAAGAGCGUGUGGCUGCAAGAAGAAAUCGCAUUCAACAUCGCAUAGAAGUCCUGAAAAGGGCAGCACUUGGUGAAGAUGUUGACAGUAAGAAAGAAGUCAAAGAAGAACUCAGCAAAAGUAGAAAACAGAUGGAGGAAAGUCGACUCCGACUUAACAAGCUGCGCAGAGAUGGCUUUGAACUUGUUACCAACAUUCGUGUGGCUGAUGAUGCACGUGAAUCCAACAGACGUGGUAUUGAAGAAGAAAUAAAAAGAAUAAGGAAGGAUAGACUGGAGCAAGAAGUAAAGCUUAGCGCAGAAAGAUUUGAAGAGAUCACUAAGAAGUGGGAAAUAGCACUUCAGAAAGAGAUGCCACAGGCGCUGCAUGAGAUGCUGAUCCAGCAGAAAAGGAGUUGUGAUUUAAUGAUUGAUGAGAAGAACAAGAUCAUAACUGAUUUUCAGCAGGACCUCAAAAACAAGGAUGAUCAGUACGUGAAAGACUUAAAGAAAAUGGCUGAUGAUAUUGACUUGAUGACAGAAAGGAUGGAGGAGCAAAUAAACAAUAUCAUGAAGGCAAAUAGAGAUGAGCUGGAGCAGAUUGAGCGAGCAUUUGUAGCAGAACGAAAUGAGUUGCUGGAGGUACAGAAAAAGAAAUGGGAUGAAAAGAUGAAUAAUCGACGGGAAAAGGAGGUGGAGUUUAUGAAUCAACGUUUGAAGCGAGUGGAAGAGAAUGAACAACUGUUGCAGCACUUACGAGUACAGGAUGCUGAGGAGUAUAAUGUAGUGAAAGUCAGACUAGAAACGGAUGUGCAGGUCUUGGAGCAACAGCUGCAGCAGAUGAAGUCUACAUACCAGCUGAAUCAGGAAAAGCUUGAAUACAACUUCCAGGUUCUGAAAAAGCGUGAUGAUGAGAACACCAUCACAAAAUCUCAACAAAAACGUAAAAUCACCAGGUUGCAAGAUGUACUAAAUGGACUUCGUCAAAAGCUGUCCAAGCAAGAGAAGCAGUACAAAAGUGACAAUGAGCAGCUCACUGAAGAUUAUAAGCGAGUCACAGAGCAGUUUCAUGACCUGCAGAGAAAGUCGAAGCACUUCCUGCUCACCGAUGCCCAAAAGUUCGACCAGGUCUGGUGCAUGAAUGAAGAGGAAUGUCGUAGUCUGUUGGAUGAAGUAUUGGCAGCUGACCGCGUUAUUCAUGAACAACAACUUGGGCUGCCAUGGCCUGCACCAGACUUGUCAUUCACGGAAACUGUAGGACCUCUUUUGGGUAAAGAUGGUGCUACCAAAAAAGUUUCUGCUUCAGAGGUUGUGAAAGAAGUUUUCUCUCACACAGAAGACAUGGGCAAAAACGAAGUAGAGAAAGAGCAAGAUGAAGAAAUUGAAAGACCAGGAAUCUUCUCUAAAAUAUCUGCCCAAACAAUCAAGCAAAUUAUGGAGCUGCUUUGUGAUGAGUCUGGCUUUCUUAUUGAGAACAAACUGAACAAGCUUCUUGCCCCACUCGAGAAAGAUGAAAGAUCUUUGAUAAAACUUGAUGCCAUCUUUUCGGCACUUGGAAUUGAAACAGAGGAGGACAUUUGCAAACUGUCAACAUAUUUCAUGCACAUCCCUGAUGAUAGGCCUGAUGAGCAUGAGAAGCAAGAAGAUGCUGAGAAUGAGGAAGGAGGACAACAAAAUAGUGAGGACGGGGAUCUGGAUGAAGAGGUUGGCAUCAUGACGGAGAAUCAGGGUCCUGACCCGAAGAGUGCCGACGCCUUUCAUCUGAUCCACCCGAACGAGGUCCUGAAAGCACUGCGGGCGUUUGUCGAGGAGAAUCGCCAACCCAUUGAGGACAAGUCUUACAAAUCACAGUUCCGCAUCACUGCACUAGAAGAGCGCGACAGCUCAGGUGACUCAGAGUACUGGAUGAAGUACAAUUCUGCUCUGUCCGACGAGAAGGAGAAGGUGUGGGAUGGUCUGCUGGACGGCUUGGAGAUGUACAGUGAGAUCCUCAACAAGCGCGCCAGCUUGCUGUUGGAGACGGAUACCCUCAGGACGCAGAACGCUGAGCUCCGUCUGCUGCUGCAUCAGUAUGUCAACUCCAAGGUGAAUGCAGAGCUGCAGAUUCCACCCAGCAAAGUUCUACAGUUCGAGUUGAAUGAAGGCUACCAGUAGACAGUGACUCUGGUGGUGUCUGUGAACAACUAACGAUUACAAACGUAUAUCAUAUUCAGCGUCUGCUUAUAAUGCGCAUAGAGGCUUUUUUUUUUAAUUUUAGGAGGAGCGCACGUGAGUGAAGCCAUAUUUCCUUUGCGCAUGUAUAUAAAUGAACGUAAAUAACUGAUUCUGAGAAACCCGCAAGCUCGUCUCAUCACUUUGCUGAAAUAUGUGUGUGUGUGGAAAGGUGCACAAGUGCACUGAUGUCUGUGAAUGCACGUGAAUUCAAUGUUUGUGUUGUGGCCGCCGUUUCCUCCUCCCUCAUCGCCGACCCUCCCAAACAGUCAUCGGCGACCACGUUCUUGGAGCUGCCGGACUAAAGUCCCUUUCACUUCACAAGUAAGGUGUGUGCAAGUGUCCAGACCAGGAGACAAACACCAACAGACAAUGUCUAGUUUUCAAAAAUUGUCAGAAAAGAGGUGACUGAUAAGUAACAUGUUCAGUUUUUUUUUAUAUAAAAAAUUAACAGGCUGUGAAAUUAAACGUUUUUCAUACAUUA